AAGGACAGGUGACACAAUCACAAAAACAUUGACCAACAAGUUGAAUUGUGAGUGGGAUACAAUUUCUGCAAAAUUUUCCUUACUACUCCCAUCUGUUUCACAGCUAUUGCUGAAUUACUGAGCUGAUAAGACGCGUGACCUCAAUAUGCAUAUCUGAAGCCUCUGAGAUCGGAAACCUAUCUCCAUACUUUGAGAAAUUCUGAACUAAGGCAUAGGGCGGUGAGGUCGUCGGCCAUUUCUGCAAUCGUCCUCCUUGACCUGUUUGUGGUGAAUUGAUAUCGAAAGCAAAAGUACGGUAGCGUGUAUGUAUGUGUACACAAUGGCUACUGUACUCGGAGAACAACACCAAAUGCAGACACCCGCCCACUCUGACACUUGUGAAAAUACUGCAAAACAUUUGUGUAAAAGCUGCCAUGACCGUUUAUGUGACAGAUGUAAAGAUAUUCAUUCCAAAAGUAAAGGCACUUUUGAUCACGAGGUCGUUUUACUGACCUUUGAAUCGUUAACUUUGUCCUCAGAAUGUCCAUCGCACGUAGUCUGCAAGUGGCAUCCCAAAUUUCGUGCAAGUAUUGGUUGUCAGAAUUGCGAGGUACCAGUCUGUGAGAAAUGUCUUCUUGGAGAACAUAAUGGUCACAAAGUGAUAGAAUUCUCUCUACUAUUUCAAUAUAAGAAGGAAAAGUUAGAACAAAGGUUAUCUGCAGUUCUCUCUGAGCUUCCAAAAUAUGAAUCUGAGCUAGAGCAGGUAAGAGUAAGGCAAAAGAUUGUGUCUGAAAACAAUGACACGGUAAAGAAUGAAAUCGUUGCUUAUUUUAAAAAACUUUUUUCAACCCUCGAUGCGUCUAAACAUCGUCUGUUGAACAGCGUUGACCUAAAAACGAAAGCAGACUUGAACAUAUUAAAGAAUCAAGAAAAUGAUGUACAAAAUUAUAUUCAAACUAUGCAGGAAAACAUGGCCAAUAUUCAAAAUGAAGAUUUGCAAGAGAGAAUAUCUUUUAUUCUUUACAACAUUCGUGUCACUGAUAAUACUUUUCCAAGAAUAUUUCAACCAUGUUCAGUUCCUGGGAUGAUGAAAUAUUCAGAUGGUCACCUUGAUAAGGUAUUAGUCCAGACAAUUACAGGCCGCGUAUACAAUGGUACAGAGAAUACCAAGCUACUCGAUACCGACUCAGUGCAGUUAAUUAAAACCGUUGAAUUGGGUAAAGGUGUAGUUUUAUCACUUGCUUCUUGUCUAGAGGCAGAAACAUUCUGGGUAUUUUUGUCCGACAAAAAUGCCUUCGAAAGAUAUGAGAAAGGCCUACUAAUAAAAAAAAUCAAAAAAAUUAAUCGGUCUUCGGAAAAUAAACCAAUUUGUUUAGUCAAGAACGAAAACCUUGUGCUGUUUAGAAAGGAUUACAGUACAAUCUUCAUGCUAGAAGAUCCAAAUAUGAAAUUGUUUCUUGAUGUUACACCAUUGGCGAUUGUUUGUAUUUGUCCAACCAAAGACGAUGAACUGUACAUAGGAUUAGUUAAUGCAACAGAGAAACAUUUCGCAAUUGGUCGUUUUAAUUUAAUUGGUGAAUGCAAAUACUACAUAACACCUAUGCAUGGCAAGUGGAGUUCAGAAUAUAUCUUUACCGACGACAAGAAAUUAUAUAUCAAUGAAAAUCUGAAUGGGGACAUAUGUCUAUCAAUGGGAACGGUACACGUUCUUUGCGCAAAUGGAGACCACAGGUUUACCUAUGAUGGAAAAGAAGCUUCAAUGUCUCAGCCGUUUUUACCCCGGGGAAUAUGUACUGAUGUAUUAGGCCACAUCCUUAUUGCAGACGAAAACAACAAUGGAAUCCACGUCUUGGACAAGGACGGAAAAUUCCAAACCAUAUUAAAAAUUCCAGGAGAAUCACUGGCAACUCCCAUCUCUUUGUGCGUUGACAGCCAAAGCAACCUCUGCAUCGGUUGUAAGGAUGGUAAAAUAAGAAUCCUGAAAUAUUUAGAUUAGCUGUUGUUAGACUCUUGCCGGGGAAUCUAUCUGAAUAUUACUAUAUUUUUGUGAUUUUUUGCACACAAAUAUAUGAUUAGUUUUAUUUUCAUUGCAACACAGAUGAAAUCCGAAUGAAUAUAAUUAUAUUUCAGACCCUUAUUCUUUUUAGAAGUACAAAUAAAUAU